UUCUAUCGUCUCAGGAUUUUCAAGCAUUCACACCCGUUUGAGGUGCAUUAAAAUCCUCAGAAGACAAGUUUCUUGAUGGUGUUGCUUCCGAUCUACAAAAACUGUUUGCUAAGUCCUUAAAUCUAGGUCCUUAAUUUUGUUUGUGUCAACCUGGUGUUGUCAACUUGCGAUAAAAUAGAAUGAUAGGAAGAGAAAACUGGACUCAUCUAAACCUCGAAUUGCUACCACAAUUUUCUUUGGUGCUAAUGAUGCAGCCUUGUCAGGAAGAACCAAUGAAAGGUUCCAUGUACCCAUUGAAGACUACAAACAAAAUCUCAGAAAAAUUGUUCUGCACUUAAAGGAAUGUUCUCCAACCAUGCUUAUUGUGCUCAUUACUCCACCUCCAUUUUAUGAGGAACGGCGCCAUGAAUAUCUAAAAUCUUUACUUGGUGAGAAUGCACCGAAAUUGUCAGAAAGAACAAACGAAGUUACUGGUCAAUAUGCAAGGGCUUGUAUUGAGACAGCCAAGGAAAUGGGCGUGAUGUCUGUUGAUCUAUGGUCCAAGAUGCAAGAAACAGAUGACUGGCAAAACAAAUUUUUGAUUGAUGGGUUGCACCUGACAACGGAAGGGAACGCUAUAGUGUACCAAGAAGUGAUAAAGGUUUUCAAUGAAGCAGGGCUUUCUGCUGAUAACAUGCCAUUCGACUUCCCUAAUCACUCGGACAUUGAUGCCAAGAAUCCUGAGGAAGCUUUUCAGCAAAAAUGCUUUUUGAUGUCACAUUGUGGUUUUGUUAGGGAUCUUUGAGCCAAGUCUAUUCUAUUUGGUGACUUAUGAUUUUUCUCCUGAACGAUGUCAUAAUCUCUAAGCUUAAAUAAAACUGCGUUGAGUCAAUGAGUAACUUUGUUGGAAGGGGUUUCAGUAAUAUGUAUAAGAAUCAUGGAUUUGUCAAAAACCGGACCUUUAAGAAGCAAGCUCUGAGAUUUCAUGUUA